AGAAAGGCCUUAAUUUUCUAUUAGGGUGCAGUCCCAUGGCAGCGUAAAGAAAAAAAACAUACAUUUCUGUAUGUUACAUACAAAUUUAUGUGUAUUUUUCAUCGAUAUGCAAUGGUAAUGAAUUAUUUAUCUAAUAUUUUCUUUUAGAAAAGACAUUCUUUCUUUUUUCUUGAAUUACAAUGGAGCAACUAUCAACCGGUGUUUUGAAUAGAGUUAUAAAUGGAGAAGCAAUAAAUGAUCCCAUGUUUUUACAAAUUGUGGGAUCGAAAUUACUUAAGGGCGAUAAAUAUAGGCUAUGGUUAAGCGAUGGGGUUAUGAUGACAAACUUUGCACUUGCAUUAUCCAACGAAAUGGAAUUUCUAGAAAAUGAAAAUUUAUCAAAAUUUUCUAUUUGUAAAGUUAAUAGUUACGAAUUGGGGACUCUUAAAAAUUUGGUGAAUUCUGUUAUUAUGGUGAAGAAUGUUGAAAUUGUAACAUCCGGUGAGCAAAUUGGAAAUCUCAUUGGGAAUCCAUAUACCUAUGUACCGAAAGGCUUAAAUAUUAAAGAUCAACUUCCAGUUGUGGAAGAAGUUAGAGCAAAUCCUGUGAAUAAUAAUCCAGAAAGUGGACAAAAUGAAACUGAAAUUGUUCGAGCUAGUCAGUCUUCAGUUUAUCAAAAUAUCUACACUGUCCCGUUAAUAAAUUUAAGUCCCUACUACGGAAAAUGGAUAAUAAGGGCAAGAGUUUCAGCAAAGUCUGACAUUAGAACUUGGAGUAAUGCACGAGGCGAAGGCAAAUUAUUUUCAUUAGAUUUGAUAGACGAAUCCGGAGAAAUUCGUUGUACCGGAUUUAAUGAUCAAGUCGAUGCAUUUUAUGAUCUCUUUCAAAUUGAAAGUAUAUAUUAUAUUUCUAAAUGUCAAGUGAAACCGGUGAACAAAAGGUACACUACAAUAAAACAUGAAUUCGAACUUGUAUUAGGUGCAGAAACAUCAAUUCUGAGAUAUGAAGGCGAAGAUCUUCAUAUUCCAAUGAUACAAUUUGAUUUCUGUGUCAUUAGUGACAUCGAAUUUAAAGAAAAUGGUUAUGCUGUUGAUAUUCUUGCAAUUUUAAAAAAUGUCGGAGAAGUUGUGAAAUCUACAUCACAAAGAAGCGGAGUUGAUUUUGUUAAACGUAAUUUACUGUUAGUUGAUGACAGUAAUACUAUGGUAACAUUAACUUUAUGGGGUGCACAGGCUGAAGCGUUCAGUGAAACUGAAGGUACACCACUUGCUCUUAAAAACGUAACGGUUAAAGAAUUUAAUGGAGAUAAAUCACUUUCAACAGUUUCAUCAACAAUCGUACAAGCUAAUCCAGCAAUUCCAGAUGUCGACAGAAUAAUAACGUGGUACAAUGACACUGAAAAAGCUAAAACUGCCAAAAUGAUUUCAAAUACAAUAAGUGUUAGUUCUUCUAGUUUGUCAUGGUUGAAUUUCCUACAAGUGCAAGAACAAAACAUUGGAUUACAAGAAAAAAACAAUAUGUUUUUAACUAAAGCAGUCAUUGGCUCCUUAAAUCAUCAAAAUUGUUUAUAUAAAGCUUGUCCUUCUGACAAUUGUAAUAAAAAGCUUUUGGAUCCAAUUAAUGGAAUGUACAGAUGUGUUAAGUGUAAUGCGGAUUUUCCAAAUUUUACUUACAAAAUGAUUAUUCAGGCAUCGUUACUUGAUUACACUCAGGAAUUAAGAGUAACUAUUUUCAACAAUGAAGCGGAACAAAUUCUGAAUAAAAGCGCACAAGAAGUUGGAAAUAUUCAAGAAAAUUUAUCAAUUGAUGCUUAUGGAGAUAUAUUUGAGAAUUGUAAAUUAAAGUAUUACAAUUUCAAAAUAUUAAUGAAACAGGAGCAUUUCAAUAAUAUAUCCAAAGUUAGAGCUAUCGUACAAAGUGUUACGCCAGUGAAUUUCUUAGACUACAGUGCACAUCUAUUGAAGGAAAUUAAGAACACUAUGGAGAAGCCAUCGGCUUGAGAAAUGUGCCUUAAAAGUGUUUUUUUUGUUUCGAUUACAAAUGAAUGUUAUCAAAAACCUUGAUGAAAAUAAUUUGUUUAUAAAGGUUAUUUUUCUACUUAACAAUAAUAUUUUUAUAUAUAUUGCAUAUAUAAAUAGAAAAUUUAUAUUUUAAUAUUAAGUCUCAGUAUUAAGAAAAUAUGAUUUCUUCAUUUUCUUUGCACGAAAUAAUGCGGAUUAUGUCUUCAGAAUUGCAAGUUUAAAAAAAAGUUUAUACGAUUAUAUAUUAUAUUACCUACUAUAUAUUAUUACCAUAUUCUUAUAAUAAUAUAUAUUAUCGAACAUGUUAUUGUAAAAAUUAAUAAAUCUUUAGUUUCGAUUUAUAAAUGAA